CCCGUGAUGGAUGACCCCCCGCCAGCGGACGACAGCGGCUUCUACUACUACUACUAUCCCGUGGAGGAAGGCGGCAAGGGCAAGGACAAGGGCAAAGGCGGCCUGGGUUACAAAGACGACUAUUACAAGUGUUCAGAGGAGAAGCUUCUGGCGCCCCUCAUCAUCAUCUGCAUCUUCUUGGGAAUCAUCGCUUUUCGGGACAUCGGCCUCGUGCCUUCCUUCCAUCUUCCCACCAUUGAACUACCGACCAUUGACAUCCCGAACAUCGAUCUCCCGGACGUCGAGAUCAACAGAGGCAGGAACUUUGCAUCGUCCGUCUCCAAAUACCUCCCGUGGCACUCCCUGAAUAAUGCGACGGUGGCGGUGCUGGCGGCGGUGGAGGCUGAGGAGUGCCUGCCGUGGCUGCUGUGUGAGUCAGGACGCCUCGCCCAGGGCCGCUCCACCACCCUCAGCCUGAUGGAGGUCUUCGCGCCGCCUAAGUACCAACCCCAAGUGAAGAUCUUUAAGGAGGCGGCGACGCUGAGGACCAACUGCGACAAGUACAAGUGUGGCACCUUCAAAAAGCCUCUGUGUGCCCUGCUAGAGGCGUUAGGGGGCAGGUGUUAGCUCUUACUUAGGUGGGGUGGGUAGGUAGCUAGGACCUGUUUCAAAGGCGGAACUAGACUGGAUCGAGUAGAUGACAGGUAGGGAAGGGAAGGGAAGAGAUGGGAAGAAAAAGAAAAGGAAGGGGCGGGAAGGGAAGAGAAGGGAGGGGAAGA